AUGGUCUGCUCCCUUCAUUCACCUCCCAUUCCCAUCGAUACGUUCCAGUCUCUUCCACUAGAGCUAAUUGCCCCCAUCUACGCCCUCGUGUUCGACACUCAUUUUUGCUGUCCCAAGCAUUUCGCCAAUCUCUUACGCACCUCCAAACAGUUCUACGUCAACAAUAUCUGGCGCUUGUAUGAUAUCGUCUCUCUUGACGAUCAUAACUGCAAAGCGUUCUUUGAUGGCUGGGAAGGGGCAGGAGGCGAGGGGUCCGAGCUUGAUAUCGAUAGCUGGGACUUUGCGACCUGCUCCCAGACAUUCCAGCACCACAAUGAGCCCGAUCCUCCCACCGGCAUCAUCCCCCUCAAUCUUCAUCCAGCCUCUCGAAGAGUCCUGCUAUGGCGGUACUGUCGUUCUCUGCGACUAGAAUCGGUCACGGCAGUACGGAUGGCCGCCCUCGCCUCUGACCGUCUGGACACCGAGUGGAGAAAGUUCAGAAUCGAACGCUCUCCUCUCAACGAAGAAGACCCAGACUACUACCUAUACACAGGAUUCACCAUCCCAAGUGACACCCACCCCCUCUUCCCCUCUCUCAAGCGUAUAUCUUUCGCCUUACCUAUCAUGCAAGAACUAUAUCAUCACCCAGAACAGAUCCCCGAGGCGUCUGUAGCUACAGGCGAGAUCAGUAUCAGGUCUGCCAUGUCUGUUCUCAUGAGCCGACUGAAACGUGGCGCUGCAGUCUGCAUGCGAUUGCCAGACACGGCCAAAGGGUACGAAGAAAUUAUGGACGAGGAUGAGCGCCGUGAUAUGCUAUGGGCUAAACGCACCCGCUUCAACAUGGUCAUCUAUGACAUUGUCGCCCUUUCGCAUUCUCUGCCUUCACGUCUGGUCUUCCAUGACGUACAUGCCGCUGAUUGGAAGACACGGGUUUUCCGGACUUCGUCCUUCGGAUUAGACCUGAUACAUGGAAAUGGUGGCGAGCUACAGCGCGAGUCAGAAGGGGUGAAGAUGGAGCAGGUCAAACAGUGGUGUAAAAUCUUCUUCCACAAAAUCUCUGACGAAAGACCAAUCGGUUUCCCUACUCAUGUUGACAUUACCAGCUUUACCUCUUAUCCAGUGUCUUUCGGAUAUGCUGCUGAGCAACAUGAAGACGUUGUCGAUGGUUCUCACGAACAAUUUCAACAUUUUUUGGAGGGCCUGCCGGGUUAUUCGGCUUGGGCGGGAGACUCAAGAGGAACACUGACCCUGGGCCCAUCAAAGAUGUGUGAAAUCUGCCAGUAUGAAGGCCACGCUUGA